AUGAUCGCUCGAUGCUUGCAGAUGAGUCACCCGGGGAUGGAGAGCCUAGACAUGUUGGAUCCAGCGAACUCAAUGACCACGCUGACCCCGAUGUCCGAAGGUGGAGGCGGGGGUGGCGGCGGACCAGGCCAUCACGGCGGAAUCCACGGGCCCUCAGUCUACGGCGGAAUGAACGGCAUGAUGAGCCACCACCACCACGCGAAUAUUGGCGGAAGUGUUCCCCACCCCCACCACCCAGCGAUGGCCGCAGCAGCCGCAGCGGCAGCAGCAGCUGGGCUUCAUCCUGAUGCAGACACAGACCCCCGAGAACUUGAAGCCUUCGCAGAAAGAUUCAAGCAGAGACGUAUAAAGUUAGGCGUGACCCAAGCGGACGUCGGUAAGGCCCUCGCUAACCUAAAACUACCCGGCGUUGGUGCACUUUCCCAGUCCACGAUAUGUCGCUUUGAGUCGCUGACUCUUUCUCACAACAACAUGAUAGCGUUGAAGCCGAUUCUUCAGGCCUGGCUGGAGGAGGCCGAAGCCCAAGCUAAGAACAAGAGACGCGACCCUGACGCCCCCUCAGUCCUUCCGGCCGGCGAAAAGAAGCGGAAACGCACGAGUAUUGCUGCACCGGAAAAACGCUCACUAGAAGCGUUCUUCGCGGUCCAGCCGCGGCCCUCCGGAGAAAAAAUCGCCGCAAUCGCUGAAAAAUUGGACCUCAAAAAAAAUGUUGUCAGAGUUUGGUUCUGCAAUCAGCGACAAAAGCAGAAACGCAUGAAAUUCGCAGCUCAGCAUUGA